GAGAAACGGCGAGCCUUGAGAGAGCUACUAAGAUUCGUGUGGUUGGUGAGAGCAGCUUCUGCAGACACACUCUUUGCGAACACCACCCCGAGCGGCACCGGCGCGUUCGGUUUCGGAAUCCGAAAGAACCGAGCUCCUCGUCGCUGAACUCGUUGGCCGUUUUCAGGUCUGAAGUUCGUUGCGGAGCCGAGAGGACAGGACAGCGGCAUGGCGAAAAGCACGGCCAUUGGCAUCGAUCUGGGCACCACCUACUCCUGCGUGGGGGUGUUCCAGCACGGCAAAGUAGAGAUCAUCGCCAACGAUCAGGGCAACCGCACCACCCCCAGCUACGUGGCCUUCACGGACACCGAGCGGCUCAUCGGCGACGCGGCCAAGAACCAGGUGGCGCUGAACCCACAGAACACCGUGUUCGACGCGAAGCGGCUGAUCGGCCGUAAGUUUGGCGACCCUGUGGUGCAGUCGGACAUGAAGCACUGGCCUUUCCGGGUGAUCAACGACGGUGACAAGCCCAAGGUGCAGGUGAGCUACAAGGGGGAGACCAAGGCGUUCUACCCCGAGGAGAUCUCGUCGAUGGUGCUGACCAAGAUGAAGGAGAUCGCCGAGGCGUACCUGGGCCACCCGGUAAGCAACGCGGUGAUCACUGUGCCGGCCUACUUCAACGACUCGCAGCGCCAGGCCACCAAGGAUGCCGGGGUGAUCGCGGGGCUGAACGUGCUGAGGAUCAUCAACGAGCCCACGGCUGCCGCCAUCGCCUACGGCCUGGACCGGACGGGCAAGGGGGAGCGCAACGUGCUCAUCUUUGACCUGGGCGGGGGCACGUUCGACGUGUCCAUCCUGACGAUCGACGACGGCAUCUUCGAGGUGAAGGCCACGGCCGGGGACACCCACCUGGGUGGGGAGGACUUCGACAACAGGCUGGUGAACCACUUCGUGGAGGAGUUCAAGAGGAAGCACAAGAAGGACAUCAGCCAGAACAAGCGGGCCGUGAGGCGACUGCGCACCGCCUGCGAGAGGGCCAAGAGGACCCUGUCGUCCAGCACCCAGGCCAGCCUGGAGAUCGAUUCCCUGUUCGAGGGCAUCGACUUCUACACGUCCAUCACCAGGGCGCGGUUCGAAGAGCUGUGCUCGGACCUGUUCCGGAGCACCCUGGAGCCCGUGGAGAAGGCUCUGCGCGACGCCAAGCUGGACAAGGCUCAGGUCCACGACCUGGUCCUGGUG